UGCUGUUGAUGCUAAUUGAGCUUGUUGUAGGUUUAUCAAUUAUUUUAUUAUCAGCGAAGAAAGAGAUUUUUUUUGUCGGUCAUGUCUGCAGCGAUUUGUGAAAAACUUAGCCCAACUCGGUGGAAACUCGGUGGUUGUUGUUGAAUGGCAAAACUUGAAACGAAGCUCGGAAUGAUAGUUCACUUCAUUGGUAACUUCUUCUCUGGCAAAGACCAGCUUCCCUUGUGUGACCCUGGUAACUUCUUUUAAACCCCAGUGCUAUCUUUCUCCUGUCUAAUUUGACAUAAGACAGAAGUUAAUAGGUCCUUUGUUGGUUCCAUUAUGCAUUGCUACAGUUACACUGAUAUAUAAAGUCUGAUUCUUUAAAUUGCACCUCUAAAUGCAAGUGGUCUUGACAAAUUUCUUAAAUCAAUAGGAAGAAAUCCCUCAUAUGUUGAUUUGGAGGAAGCUUGGAGACAAGAUUGCAGUUUCUGGUUAUUAUGUGGUUAUUUCGGACUUCUUUUACGGUGAACCCUAUGAUCCUCAGAAUACUAAUAGACCUUUAGGAGAGUGGCUAAAAGAUCAUGGAACGGUUGGGGAAGAUGUCGUGGGAGAACUAACCAAGUCGAUGCAAAAAAUUGGCUUGGAUAUGCGAGUUUCAGCUCUAGUUAAUGAUACCAUUGGAACACUAGCUGGAGGCAGAUUCUACAAUCAGGAUGUCAUUGCUGCUGUGAUCCUUGGUACAGAGACAAAUGCAGCAUAUGUGGAACGUGCAAAUGCUAUUCCAAAAUGGCAUGGCCCUCUCCCGAAAUCAGGAGACAUGGUUAUAAACAUGGAGUGGGGUAAUUUCCGAUCCUCACAUCUUCCUCUAACAGAAUAUGACGUAGCUCUAGAUGCUGAGAGCUUAAACCCUGGAGAGCAGAUAUUUGAGAAGUUGAUUUCUGGUAUGUAUUUGGGGGACAUUGUAAGGAGAGCUUUAUUGAAGAUGGUUGAAGAAGCUGACUUUUUUGGAGAUACAGUUUCCCCCAAGUUGAGAGUUCCUUUCAUACUCAGCGGACAAAAAUAAUAUCUGAUUUGCUGAUAUCGGUUUCAAAGGCUGAGAGACAAGAGGCCAGGCUGAAAGUGCGGCAAGACUCAUUGAGACUUGGAAAUGUUGGUGUAAUCAGAGCUGGAAUUGUCUUAUCUGAAACGUGGGAAGAUGGUCAAGCAUUAAAGGAUCUGAAUGCCCAAAUUACAAGUUGAGAAAUCUAGAGAAGGGUCUUCCACAAUACAAAGCAGCACCUUUGUUUGAUAAGCUUGUGUUUGAUAAGACAAAACAAGCAUUAGGUGGACGAGUUCGAAUCUUGUUAUCAGGAGCUUCUCCUUUGCCUAGACAUGUUGAGGAGUUUAUGAGGGUCACUAGUGGAUCUACAUUUCCGGAACUCUAGGCUCUCACUUCAUCGUCUUCACUCUCUUCAAUCCUCGCCCCCCUCUCUCUGUAGAAUCAGAGGGCCCAGCUUGCUCCAUAAUCAUGUCUUGGCGCGUGCAGAAGAUAAGGCCAGAGGUUCCUCCACUUCUUCCCAGCAGCAGUUCCAGGUUCUUAUGGAUACCCAUUUAUAGCAAAGUUUGUGAAUUUGUAUAUUCGAUACUGAUUUGCAUAUUUUGAGUCAAGGGCACCUCAAAAACCAAUGCAAGAUUCAAAAUUUCUGGAAAGUUUGUUGAAUUUGAACCUAAUGAUAUCAACUCCACUUAAAAAUAAAAAUAAAAUAUUAAACCUCCGUAAAUGUGGCAAAGUUACAUAUCUGCUUCUUAUAGCUUAGUGCUUAACUCAUACUUCACGUAUAAAUGUUUUCAGGACUUACCAACUGAAUCUGGAACUGUGAUCCCCUAUGUUCACUUGAUGAAACAAGCUCACAAGAUUUUGAGGACAGUUAUAAGCCCAAGACUGAUUUGCUCAAAGCUGUUGCGGUAUUUGCAGCAGCUGCAACUGGGGCAAUAGCAAUUAACCAUUCUUGGGUGGCCGCAAAUCAGGUCUAUCAAUGUCCUCUUAGCUGAAAUUCACUUGUGUAUAUUUCAGCAUGAAGUGUUUGCAUUUGGGAAUAUGUUUACAAGUUUGUGACCAUGACUGCAUGAUCUUGCCAUGGCAUUGCUAUUUGUAAUAGGAUAUGUAGGCAUCAUAUUUGAGGAAUCUCUAGCUUUCAACAAAAGUGGAGUAGGACUUUUGAUGGCUGUAAGCUUGUGGACUAUAAGAAGUAUUGGGGACAGAGACACUCAAUAUAGUUGGGACUGCUAAGUUUUUCAAGCCUGGUUCAUAUAGUUGGACAACAUUUGCUGGUAUUUCUGGCUAUGCUGCUCCAGCUAUCAAGAAGAGGAUGGAGAAGGAUAUUGAUGAAGUUGGAAAGAUUGCACAUAGUGUCAAAACAAAAAUAGAAGCUAUAAAAAGAGAUGUAAUGAGACAAAGAUAAUGACUUGAUGUUUUAGUAGAUUUUAGUCCUGAAAUUUCAAACAUGAGGAAUUUUUUAUAUGGUCUUGUUAUUUGCAUAACUUAGUAUAGUUGAACAAUACAUUGAGUUUGUGUUUUGCAUUAUAGUUGAUGUAUCAACACACUUUGAUAUAUGGUUGUUACUUAUUAUUAUAGUUGAUGAUCAAUA